GAUCAGAGACUUGGCAUGAUAGGAGAAUACUGUAGACACGUUUUGGUUUCUCGUAGUUUUGUAGGCUGAUUUGAUGGCUACAGAUGUAGAGUCCAUGUGCAACUAAAUACUUUCGGCAAAGUAAAGGGUACAUCGGCCCUUAAGAUAUUAAGGUAAUAAAUAUCUCUGAAAAUCUUUGCCGUUCCAAGGGGUAAGGUACUUGCAUGUAGGCCGCCUGCGAUCCUGCGAUCCUAAAGCUCAUCAAAAAAUAGAAUGAAGGUGUUGUUAUAUAUGCAUGGUCAGCAAAAACGGUGUUAUCGGAGAUUUUUGUUAUCCAGAUUGAUUGGCGUGGGAAAUCAAUGUUCACUUGGUAUCGGUAGUUAGGUACCAUCCAUACAUGAGAUCCCCAUUUAGCCGGGCUUCCACCACGAUCAAAUGGAAGACGUAGAAGCAUUAGACUGCCGACUGUGGGCUGAUAUGCUGAUACUUGGGUAGAUGGUGUUGCUAUUAAAUGGGAUCGGGGAGCCGCGAAUCUUGCGAUAUUCGAUAUUUCUCCCCUUUAAGUAUAUUCAAUAGCGUCAAGGGGAGCUUGAUUAGUACCUUGGCACUUACCUACGCUGGCCUGAACAUCGCGACCAUGGUGAUGUUGACGAAACCGAAAGACGUGAUAAAGGCCCUCACCGGGUCUUGGAUCUACCUCAACGUGACUACGUACUACGACAACGGCACGAUCGCGAACCGCGACGAGCCCGGACUCGGUCGGACUCCGGCGGGGCUGCUGACGUACACAUCCGAGGGCUUCAUGUCGGCGAACUUCAUGUCAUCGCGGCCCGAGGACCGGCCGGGGCAGCUCGACACGACGGAGCUCGAGGGCGCGGAGGAGGAGUGGGCGCUGAUCGGCAAGCACACGCUCGCGUACGCGGGGCCGUACUACGUCAGCGUCACGACGAGCGAGGUCGAGACGGGCCAGAUCACGCACGGCCCCGCGCAGGUCGCGUGGCUGCCGUCGUGGGUCGGGAAAGAGAUACGCAAGAAUUACACGCUGUUGGAUGAGAGGGCGACGCUGAGGCUCGUGGCGAGGACGAACGAUGAUGUGUUGGUUGCUGAGAUGUACUUCCGCAAGCUGCUUGGGCUCACCGAAAAUUGAGGCUUGGGCCUUAAGAAUAAGCCUCACACGUGGUUAUAAUAUACAUUAUUGGUGGC